AUGGCUACUAGCAGCGACGAGGAGAAGAAUAAACGAACAGAUGCAGUUUCCCCAGACUCUUCCCCGGAUGCGAAGGUCCCACUUCACGAAUCCACUCCACAGUCUCCACCCACGCCGCCAAAUGGCGGACUAAGUGCUUGGCUGUGUGUGCUUGGUGCAUUUUUUAUAUUCACGAAUACUUGGGGAAUUACUGCAAGCUUUGGAGCUUUUCAGUCUUAUUAUAUCACCACUUUGCCUGAGUCUGCAUCAUCGAUAUCAUGGAUUGGCAGUAUACAAUCAUUUCUGGUAGUGUUUGUUGGCAUUGUAUCCGGGCCACUGUUUGAUCGAGGUUAUAUUCGUAUCUUGAUGGCCACUGGGUGCUUCUUGAUUGUGUUUGGGACGAUGAUGCUUAGUCUCUCGACCAAGUAUUAUCAAAUAAUCCUCUCCCAGGGAAUUGUCAUUGGUCUGGGAGCCGGCCUAGUCUAUAUUCCUGCACUCGCCAUUAUCUCAACUCAAUUCACCACUAAACGACCAUUUGCGAUCGGAUGUGCCUCCUCAGGAUCAAGCAUAGAACCAAAGGUUGGAUUUGGUUGGGCUGUCCGCGCCAUCGGCUUCAUCAGUCUCGGCACACUCGCUGUCUCCCUCGCCAUACUAAGCCGGCACAAAAGGCCAAAGUCUGCGACUAAAAAAGCUCUUUUCGAUUUUAAAGCGUUCACUGAACUUCCAUUCCUAGGCUUCGCCGUUUCUCUUCUUCUCAUAUUUGUAGCAUUCUACAUUCCCCUCUUCUAUAUCCCUUCCUACGCCAUUUACAGCCUCAAGAUUGACGAAAAUCUCUCCUUUUACCUCUUAGCUAUUACCAACGCCGGUUCAUUCUUUGGUCGAACAGUUCCAUUCCUGAUUGCCAACCGCGUCGGUUCCAUUCAAAUAUUUGUUUUUUGGACCGUUGCCGCUGUCAUCGUAAUGUUCUCUUGGUUGGGCAUACACAAUGAAGCGGGCUUUAUAGUGUUUUGCAUUAUCUGGGGAUUCAUAUCAGGCGUCCUCGUGACAGCACCCGCUGCAGCGGUGGCACACCCAACACUAUCGCCCUCAAUGAGUGUCAUAGGAACUCGAUUGGGUAUGAGUUGGAUCACAGCGGCAAUUGGAAUUCUCAUCGGGCCACCUAUUGCUGGAGCUUUGGUGGAUCUCAAUACAGACUAUUUUGUCAAGGCUAUUGUCUUUGCUGGGGUAGUCAUGGCUGCUGGAGCACACAAUGAAAUGUGGCCAGUUCCGAACUUGGGUCCAACUCCAAGUUCUGAAAAUGAGGAAGACUGGACCCAAAUUACCGAACCAAGGAUGAGGAAAAGAGUUCAGAAUCGUUUAUCACAACGCAAGCAUAGACAAAAAUCACGCGCUGAUUUCAAUGCUAUCCAACACGAAAAUUUUUGGAAACAACAAACCCCGCUGGAAAGAUUAUCACCACCCGGGUUGGACCCUCUAUCAAACAACUCUACUCCUUCACAAUAUAAUUACGACAUUUCAAGUCCAUCAUCAUACCGGUCGCCCUCACUAGAAACCUGCUGGGAUGAUACUAUUCAAGUUGAUAGCAUCCCACAAGAGAUAUUCGAUGCUAGCUAUGAAGAUUUCCACACUUCAUUUCCCCAUGCUAGUUCAUUACUAGAAACAGAUAAUUGUAUACCUUAUACAAACAAUUCAGGAUCUCGGGCAAUCGAUCCUCUCGUUGAUCUGGUAUCACAACAGCAACCGCUCCCAGAGAUCAAACACUGUAUCUCGAGAUACACUACUCCUCAUGACUGGGAGCUUGCUGACCUCAACAAAAUCUAUUCGACUAAUACGGCAAAUGCACCGAUCUAUCGCGUUACAGCUUCAUCAACGCCGCCAGAACCAGAUCUUCAGUCACCGUCGUGGCAAUUGGACAAUAUCCCUGCGGCUCAAAACGGCAUCAUACUUCCCCCUCAAUUGCCUAGGAAGAAUGAACUUCAACACUCAACAUGUUCACUAUGCGGGUGUCAUAAGAUAACACCUCUAGACAAGACCCAUACUUCCAUUACGGCUAGCAACAAAGUGCAAUUAAGACCAACAAUACUUCAGCAUUCUGGCUCAGAACUACCAUCUUCAGGUUCUCCAGUGCAUAGCCACGCAUUGUCAUCUACUCUCGCCUCAAGUAGUACCACAAUAGACACUUUGCUCACAGAUGGACUGCCACUAGAUUUGGCCGGGUACAGUCUAGUCCUCGUCAAGAAACCACAUAAUACCUAUUGA